AUGAACCUCGUGCUGGGCCUGGGUCUGCUUCUAGCUGGCAUCCUCACUGCACAAGGUCUUCUGCAGCCUAGCCAAUCUCCCAACAGCCAUGCAACGACGGGCCAGGAUAGAGAGUUAAAGGAGAGGAGGAACGCCCGGAAGCUGGCCCGGCACAACAUGCAGUUUGGCUUCAAGCUGCUCAAGAAGCUUUCGGCCAGAAGCCCCAGGCAGAACAUCUUCUUCUCCCCGAUGAGCAUCUCCACAGCCUUCUCCAUGCUAUCUCUGGGUGCCCAAGACUCCACGCUGGCUGAGAUCAAGCAGGGAUUCAACUUCAAGGAGAUGUCAGACAAGGACCAGCACCAGGGCUUCCAUUAUCUCCUCCACAGGCUGAAGCAGGAGAGCCAAGACAUCAGGCUGGACCUUGGCAACACACUAUUCAUCGACCAGAGGCUGCAGCUUCAGCAGAAGUUCCUAAGAGCGGCCAAGAGUAUGUACGAUGCAGAAACAGUGCCCACCAACUUCCAGAACUUGGACGCCAGUCAGAGAGAGAUCAAUGACUAUGUCAGCCAGAAAACCCACGGGAGAAUCAGAAACCUGAUCAGGAAUAUAGAUCCUGGCACUGUGAUGCUUCUUACAAACUACAUUUUCUUUCGAGCCAGGUGGCAAUACGAGUUUGAUCCAAAAGAAACAAAAGAGGAAGAUUUCCUUGUGGACGGAAGCAAGUCCGUGAAGGUACCCAUGAUGUUCCGUGGGGGCCUGUAUGAUGUAGCAUAUGACGACAAGCUCUCCUGCACCAUCCUGGAGAUGCCCUAUCGUGGGAACAUCACAGCCACCUUCGUUCUUCCUGAUGAGGGCAAACUGAAGCAUCUGGAAAAUGGCUUGCAGGCGGACAUUUUUGGCAAAUGGAAAAAACUUCUCUCCAAAAGGGUGGUAGAUGUGUCCGUGCCCAAGCUCCACAUCUCUGGUACCUACAACCUGAAGAAGACUCUCACCCAACUGGGCAUUGGCAAAAUAUUUGAGGAGAAUGGAGACCUCACCAGGAUCUCGCCUCACCGCAGUCUAAGGGUGGGCGAGGCGGUGCACAAGGCUGAGCUGAAAAUGGAUGAGAAGGGUACAGAAGGGGUGGCAGGCUCCGGAGCACAGACGCUGCCCAUGGAGACACCUGAAGACCUCAAGAUAAACAGAUCUUUUGUGAUGAUGUUGUACGAGAAAGUUACGCCCUCCAUAAUCUUCCUGGCAAAGAUUAUUGACCCUAGUGGAAAAUAA